AUGGCUUCCAUCGCCCCAGCAGCCAAGCUAGCCGUCCUCAUCGACGCAGACAACGCCAGCGCAUCCAUGAUAUCCUUCGUCCUCGCUGAAUUCGCAAAAUACGGCACCACUUUCGUCAAACGCGCGUACGGCGACUGGACCAGCAACCGCCUAAACGGCUGGAAGCCCCAGCUCCUCCACAAUUCCAUCCAUCCCAUGCAGCAGUUUGCAUAUACCACAGGGAAAAACGCCACAGAUUCAGCCAUGAUUAUAGACGCUAUGGAUUUGCUGUACUCUAACAAAUUCGAUGGUUUCUGUAUCGUAUCGAGUGACAGCGACUUUACGCGUCUUGCGUCGAGGAUCAGAGAGUCGGGAUUGGUGGUUUACGGGUGUGGAGAGCGCAAGACGCCGAAACCGUUUGUCACGGCGUGUGAUAAGUUCAUUUACGUUGAAAAUCUCGUGCCGAGAUCUGGAACUCCGUCCCUUGAGGUUGAUGUUGCUGGACCGUCGACCGCGUUACCAUUACCGCUGAAUGGGGGAUCGCCGAGCGAGAGACCUCCUCGCGGCCACGCUCCAAUCUCGGCGUUUACAAAAGGGAAAGGUCUUUUGAUGGACCCGCCUGCGCCUGCCAGAGGCUUGCUUCCCGAAAAAUCGUCUCCAGGACCUUCAAAUCGUGUACAAAGCGCGCGUCUUCCCGACAAUACCAGAAUCGAGCCCUCCGACGUAGUGCCGUCCGUUCCUGCAUGGAAUAGCACAACAAAUGGCAAGCGAAAGAGGCUCGACUCCGAUGAUCCUAACAGUCCCAGAAACAAACCUCGAGCAUCCUCCCCAGAACCAGGCGAGUUGCAGGAACCUGAGCAACGGCCCGUCGAUGAUCAAGUCAUAGAAUGGCUUCGCGAAGCAGUUGAGGCAAGAACCGGUGAAGAUGGGUGGGCUGGCCUUGCGCCUGUUGGAAUGCUUAUGAACAGAUGGCAUCCGGAUUUCGAUGUUCGAACGUAUGGGUUCAAGAAGCUGCAUGAACUGAUGGCGUCAACAGGGCUGUUUGAGAUUAUGGAUCAGCGCCCUGGGGAGGGCAAGCCGAUUGUCAAGUAUGCGAGGUAUCUUAUUGACAAGGACGAUGUAGGUUCGGUUGACUCACCUAGGGAAGGAAAGAAAACUUAG